AUGCUCAUCCAACGCUACAACGCCGGCGCGGAGUACUCCGCGCUCAUCUCCACCAACCCCUCCGCCUCCUCGCGCCGCCGCGCCGAGGACUACAAGCCCGCGUCCACGCGCGCCGCCAUCUCCGACGAGGCCGCAGACUGGUACGAGGCCGUCUGCCCGCCCCUCGAGGAGGUGCAGGACGUGAUCCGGCGGUUCCACGCGGACCCCGAGUUCUCACAGGAGCGCGUCUUCGCGUUCCUCGCGCCCAUAGUCGUCUUUGGGGCGCUCUUCGUCGUCGCGGUCGUGGCGGUGCAGCCGCACUCGUUCGCGCACCGCAUCAUGGGCGACCCGGCGGCGGGCGGACGGGAGCUGGCGCGCUUCGCGGGCUUCCUGGUUGGGGGCAUCGUACUCAGCGUCGUCGUGCUCAAGUGCGCGGUGUGGGGCGUUGCAGAGGUCUCGACUAUCAUUCUGUCGAUGAAGACCAAGGAGGAGAUCCGCAAGCGGGAACGCAGCGGGGCUCCGCCGGCGAAUAUCCUUGGCGGCAUAUUCAUGUAG